CAUUCCUGGGGACCCCGGGCUGCAAUGCGGCCGCAGCGGUCGGGAGGGGAGCCGGUCCGUAGAAGUACUUAUCAGUAGCAUGAGCUCGCCAAGAGCUGGGCUUCCCAAAAAAAAAGUUCGCCAUGUCAGCAGCAGCACCACUCACGUUCCAGCUCGACGCGACUGACGGCGACGCCUGCGCCGCGUCGGUGACCGACAGCCACUUCCCGAUCCGCAUCGCGUCCAUAUUCGUCAUCUUCGUGACCACGCUGCUGGGCACGCUGCCGCCGAUCGUGUGGCGCAAGUCCAAGACGAUCCCUCGGGCGCUGUUCGACUUUGCAAAGUACUUUGGCACAGGCGUCAUCAUCGCCACGGCGUUCGUACACCUCCUCGCGCCGGCGGUCGAGGAGCUGGGCUCCCCAUGCCUCAGCCCCGCGUGGCAGGAGUACGACUACCCGUUCGCGCUGGCCAUGGCGGCCGUGCUCGCCAUGUUCUUCGCCGAGGUCGCCGCGUACCGGCUCGGCACGGCGCGUCUCCUCCGCCUCGGGGUGCGCAUUAGCGAGGAGCGGAACGAGGAACGGAGCAGCGACGUCGAAGCCCCGGGCAACAAGCCCGACCCGCUGGCCAAGCCGGUCGACUGCGACGAGGCGGCGUGCGCCGAGCCCGACUGCAUCGAGCCCGACUGCGGCGACCUCGAGUGCUGUGACGAAGACGACGGCUCGCUCUCCCAGCCCCCGAGCAACGCGGAAGCCGCGGCUCAGCUCAUCGCUAUCGGCGUGCUCGAAUUCGGCAUCGUCCUCCACUCGGUGAUUAUCGGGCUCACGCUGGCCGUGAGCGACGAGUUCAUCGUGCUCUUCAUCGUCAUCGUCUUCCACCAAAUGUUCGAGGGCCCGGGACUUGGAUCGCGACUCGCGACGCUGCCUCUGCCCAAGUCGGCCGGCUGGAUCCGGUACGCUGGCGCGAUCCUCUACGCGGGCUGCACGCCGGUCGGUAUCGCCGUCGGGCUCGGCCUGCGCGAGGGCUUCAACGGCAACAGCGGUCUCUUCAACGCCGUGGCAGGUAUUCUUGACUCGCUAUCGGCCGGAAUCCUCAUCUACACCGGCCUCGUCGAGCUCCUCGCGCACGAGGUGCUCUUCAACCCGCGCAUGAUGGGCGCAGAGACCCGACAGCUCGCUUACGUGCUGAGCUGUAUCGCCCUGGGGGCGGGCCUGAUGGCGCUGCUGGCCAAGUGGGCGUAG